GAAAGUGAUGAUACAGGAUCUAUAUUAGCUACUCUACCUACUGGUUCACUGUGGCCAGACUCUAUACCUAAUAGUCCAGCGUCUAUGUCAAUGUGGUAUGUACUUUUUUCUGAUACAGAAGAUGAAAAAGCGUAUAAAAUUUGGAAGAAAUCUAUCAUGUUAGUGUGGAGAACAGCAGCUAAUCACAAAUAUGCUAAUGUUUUUACUCAUCCAGUGACCAAUGAGAUCGCUCCUGGUUAUUUAAAUGUAGUGCACAGACCAAUGAAUUUAACACAAAUAAAACGUAAUAUAGAGUCUGGUGUAAUCAGGACUACUACUGAGUUUCAACGUGAUAUGAUGUUAAUGUUUACCAAUGCUAUCAUGUAUAACAGUUCAGACCACAAUGUGUAUAAAAUGGCUGUUGAAAUGUAUGAUGAUGUCAUGGAAAGUAUUGAGCAAUUUGUGAGUACACAGUUAAUGGUAUCUAGUGCUGAUAAU